UCCCGGCCGAGCACACAAAUGGACUUUCCAAUCGCCUCCGCCGCCGCCGCCCUCCUCUCCGAUCUCACCGUGACCAGCUUCACGCUGCGCGCCGCUGCUGCCGUCUCACUCGAGGCGCCGCCGCCGCGCCGUCGGCCAGUGCAGCCCCACCGCCGCCCGGGGCUCAAUCAGCCGGGGCGGAAGCGCUCAACACAGUGGAUGCAAAGCGAGGUCGCGCGCCUGCGAGCGCUGCGCCACAAGCUGGUACACCUCAUCGAGGCCGACGAGAUGAGGCGAGAGGCAAAAGAUGAGGCGGCCACGGCACUUCUAGCACUGCAACGAGCGCGAGAGGUUUGCGAGGCAAAGGUGCACAGGGCGAUGGAGCACGCGUCAGAAGCGGUCGAAUACGCGGCGGCGCGACGUGAAAAGCGCCACCGCGAGAUCGAUUUUGAGAGCAAGAAGAAGAGGGCUGCGCUUAAAGCUCGGCUCCGUGGCCGCGUCCAUCGUUCAGGCCGCAGCUUCGAGCAGGCGUUCGACGCCUUUCUCGGGGCAGCGAGUCCAGGCUCUUCGGUGCUGGAGGAGUACGGGAAAUGAGGCGCUCCAUGCACCCAGGCAGGGCAAGAUGGCGCACUUUGCCGUCACGUCAUGCAUCACUGUCGCUCUGAGACCUCUACUGCAUCCUUUGCUGGUGGCGCCUGGGCUUGGACCCUUGAUGUGAGGAGGGGAGUGCGAAUACACAGUGCACGACCCUCGAGCUUGCGGUACGUGUCUAAAACCUUUAACGAUCUCGAGU